CCGCCUCGCUCCUUGCUCUCGCCGGGAGUCGCCGCCCAGCCGCUCCGCUCCCCGAGGCCGCCCGCCCGCCCGCUCGACCCACCGCCGCCCGACGACGCCUCAGCCAUGAUCAUCUACCGCGACUGCAUCAGCCAAGACGAGAUGUUCUCGGACAUCUACAAGGUCAAAGAAGUGGCCAGCGGACUCUGCCUGGAAGUGGAAGGGAAGAUGGUGAGCAGGAAAGAAGGUGAAAUAGAUGAUGCUUUAAUUGGUGGAAAUGCGUCGGCUGAAGGUCCAGAUGGUGAAGGGGCAGAGGCUACCGUUGUCACCGGUGUUGACAUUGUAAUGAACCACCACCUUCAGGAAACAAGCUUCACUAAAGAGUCUUACAAGAAGUACAUCAAGGACUACAUGAAAGCAAUCAAAGCAAGACUUGAGGAAACAAAGCCAGAGAGAGUAAAGCCGUUCAUGACUGGAGCAGCUGAACAAGUCAAACAUAUCCUUGCAAACUUCAAAAAUUACCAGUUUUUUGUAGGCGAGAACAUGAAUCCAGAUGGAAUGGUGGCGUUGCUGGAUUUCCGUGAGGAUGGUAUCACUCCUUAUAUGAUUUUCUUUAAGGAUGGAUUAGAAAUGGAGAAAUGUUAACAAGAGACCAACCCUUCUGGAUCAUCUAUCAUCAUCAUAAUUGGCUGCUGUUCUUUAUUCAUCAACAAAACAUCAUGACUCAGCAUUGUUUGAAAACUGGACUGAUGCCAUCUUGAGCUUAAUUUGAUUUAUUUUGACCCUGAAUUAAUUGGAGUGGAGGCAUUGGUUUUUAAAAACUUGUCAUGUAGGCUGUCUAAAAUAAAGAAAAACUCAUUUAAACCCA